GCGAGCGACGUAAAUUUGCUGGCCAAAUUUCUGUACACUUGCAAACCAUCAACCGUCACCGUGCUGUUAUUCGACACUGUUUUCUUCACUUUUUGCGUUCCAAGCACGCCUUUUUCAUCAGAAUCACCGUGAUGGUCCACUUGUCGUCUUCGCAACUUUGCCGCGCGUUUCUUUGGUUGUCUAUCGUUGUUGGGACUAUAGCUGCUCCUGUAACAAAUGUAACAGCACUGCGGGAACGACCUGCGAGGGGACAUGUCAAAAAUCUCACACUGGGCAUUAGACGGACUCUGCCAGGCAUACAUGUGCCAGAGUAUGUGGUCAGACAGAAUCAGAAGCCAGUCGCCACGGAGAUUUGGAGGUUAUACUUUGGUAAUGAUGGGCUAUGGGCUCAGACUGUUGAAAAAGAAGGAGAAGAAGGACAUUGGAUAGGGCAGGAGGCUCAACGUAAUGGUCCAAACGACAGAGUCACAAAGAUCGGUCACAUCGACUUCGACUCGCAUAACCUCAAGAAGGACGUAUUACAUAGAUUUAUUGGGUUCAAGGCUGUCUCGAAUUUAGAGUUUAUCAAGCAUGUUUUGGAUACGAUCGGUACGAUGCACGGAGUGAAUGUGAGAAGUGAUUGGGAGAAAUGGAAUGGUUUGUAUCAUGAUAUGGCAGAGGUACAUGGCACCGCAGGGGGUUUCUUGAGCUGUAAGACUUGUCAUUCCAAUUGUUCACCAAUGUUCAAAAACCCCCUGGUUUAGAUAUGCCGAAGGAGAAAGAGAUCACUGCUCCUCAAACUGCCAAGGAGGUCCAAACUCCAGUUCACCUUCUCGAGGUUUGGCAGAUCUUUUUUGGCGAAAACAAGGGCUUUUGGGCUCAGGAUCACCCAAAUGGGAAAUGGUUAGGUGAAGUAGCUCCUGGAAUCUGCAGGGACGCGAUUGUGAUAGGGACAGUUGCCUCUAAAUCGGUCGAAUCCUGGGACAAAGUAUUGAAAAAACUUGUUGGGAUGGAGGCUUCUUCGAACCUGGAUUUCAUUGAUAAUGUCUUGGGUGAUCUGGACACGGAUGAGCAGAAGGAGAAGGGUGUCACUGUGAAACUAAAU